ACAUAGGAAAUGUAGAAGAAAGAAGGAGAAGAACAAGAAGAACUCUCUCCUUAUUGUUUCACUUUGUGCUUUUUAACAACUCUCUCUCUCUCUGUCUCUCUCUCUCUCUCUCUCUCUCACUGUCUGAUAAAAUUCUGCUUCAAACCACUUAUCACUCGGUAUUGAAGGAAGCUCUUAGAUCUGCUUAACAACUCAACUGAACGGGACUUGCCUUAGUUUCAUAGUUCAAACCCAUCAACCCAAAAAAAAAAAAAAAAAAAAAACACAAAAGAACUGAUGUCUUUCAAAUGAAAGUAUGUGCUGUAGAUCAGAGCGGUUAAAGCCCAUAGUGUCUCGACUUCAGCUAUUGUUUCCAUUGAGUAAACUAGACCCUCUAACUUAGACAUGAACCACUUGACUGUUGAAACGGAAGAUACUUUUGCUAGUUUGCUUGAUCUUGCUGCUAACAAUGACAUUGAGGGCUUCAAAAGAUUGAUUGAGCGUGAUCCUUCUGGUAUUGAUGAGAUUGGCCUAUGGUAUGGCCGUAAGAAGGGCUCAAAGCAGAUGGUUAAUGAGCGUAGAACACCUUUGAUGGUUGCUGCUACAUAUGGCAGCAUUGAUGUUAUGAAGCUGAUACUAUCUUUGUCUGACGCAGAUGUCAAUCGGCCCUGUGGUCAUGAUAAAAGCACUGCCCUUCACUGUGCUGCUUCUGGUGGGGCUGUUAAUGCCGUCGAUGCUGUGAAAUUGCUUUUAGUGUCAGGAGCUGAUCCAAAUUUGGUAGAUGCAAAUGGUCAUCUUCCUGUUGAUUUAAUUGUUGUACCACCAAAGCUCCAAGAUGUCAAAUUGAGUCUUAGAGAACUCCUUACAACUAAUGGGCCCUGUGUUGAACACAAUCUGACAGUCUUAACAGGCACUUUGAGUAUGAAUUCUUCACCUCUUUCAUCUUCGUCGGAUAAUGGGUCCCCAUCUGCUUCAGAUUUUAUUUCUUCACCAACAAAGAUGAAGUUCAGUGAUUACUCCAUUUCUUCUGCAUCAGAGAAGAAAGAAUACCCUGUUGACCCAUCCCUCCCAGAUAUCAAGAAUAGCAUCUAUUCAACUGAUGAAUUUCGAAUGUAUUCAUUCAAGGUGCGGCCUUGUUCACGUGCCUACUCUCAUGAUUGGACCGAGUGCCCAUUUGUUCAUCCAGGGGAAAAUGCUCGAAGAAGGGAUCCAAGGAAGUUCCAUUACAGCUGUGUCCCAUGUCCUGAUUUCCGCAAGGGGGCUUGUAGACGCGGAGAUAUGUGUGAAUAUGCUCAUGGUGUUUUUGAGUGCUGGCUACACCCUGCGCAAUAUCGAACCAGGCUUUGCAAGGAUGGUACCAGUUGUGCGAGGAGGGUCUGCUUUUUUGCCCACACUGCUGAGGAACUCCGGCCAUUAUAUGUCUCUACUGGUUCUGCUGUUCCCUCUCCUCGCUCAAGUACUUCUGGUGCUACUGCCAUGGAUUUUGCUGCAGCCAUGAGCCUCCUACCAGGCUCCCCUUCAUCAGUAUCUGUCAUGUCUCCAUCAGCAUUCACUCCACCCAUGUCUCCGUCUGCUAAUGGCAUGUCACACUCAGGUUGGCCCCAACCAAAUGUUCCGGCUUUGCAUCUACCAGGAAGCAAUUUUCAGUCAAGUCGAUUGAGAUCUUCCCUUAAUGCAAGAGACAUUCCGGCAGAGGACUUUGAUAUAGAUUUUGAUGUGCAGCAACAGCAGCUCAUAAAUGAGUUAUCUUGCCUCUCUCAACCAUCUAUGAGUUCUAAUUCUUUGAACCGAUCUGGUCGGUUUAAAUCCCUAACUCCUUCAAAUCUUGAUGAUCUAUUUUCUUCUGAGAGCUUAUCUCCUCGCUAUUCUGAUCAAGCAUUGGCAUCAGCUGUUUUCUCCCCGACACACAAAUCAGCAGUUCUCAAUCAAUUUCAGCAGCAGCAGCAGAGCAUGUUAUCACCAAUCAAUACAAGCUUCUCCCCUAAAAAUGUUGAUCACCCUUUAUUGCAGGCAUCUUUUGGGGUUCCAUCAUCAGGGAGGAUGUCUCCCCGUAACGUGGAACCUAUCUCCCCAAUGAGCUCUCGAAUGUCCCUGUUAGCUCAACGGGACAAGCAGCAACAGUUCCGCAGCCUCAGCUCACGGGAACUUGGCUCCAACUCUGCUUCAACUGUUGGAUCCCCUGUAAAUUCUUGGUCCAAAUGGGGAUCUUCCAAUGGGAAGCCAGAUUGGGCUGUUAGUACAGAUGAAUUGGGUAAGCACCGUAGGUCAUCAUCAUUUGAGCUUGGGAACAAUGGAGAGGAGCCUGAUCUGUCAUGGGUUCAGUCACUUGUCAAAGAAUCUCCAACUGAUAUUAAAGAAAAGCUAGCAACACCUGUUUCUAGUGCUGCAGCUACUGCAUCAUCCGGUGAGGGUUCGAAUAUGAACUCCCAAAUUGAAUCGGUUGAUCAUGCUGUGUUGGGAGCAUGGCUCGAACAAAUGCAGCUUGAUCAACUUGUGGCUCAGCAGAAUUGAAAUCAUUUUCACUGAGCCCCGAGGUAAUUAACAACAAAAAGGUUUUGGUAAAUAACAUAUGCCUUUUCCAGAUUUUGUUGGCGGUGAGUGUGAGAAGGUAACAGUAACAAAGGAAGACAGCAGGGGAGAUGUUUGAGAAAAAAAGAACAGAAAAUUAAAGAAGAUUCAUUCACUAUUUAUUACAACAGUAAGUUAGAUAGGGUGAGAAACCCUCUGGGUUAUAUUCAGAAACAAGAACCCAGGCUAGGUGUUUUUUUGGCUUCCAUUAUUUUCAAUUUUUAGGUCUAUAUUGUUUUUUUUUUUUUUUUUUUUUGUCCUUUUACCAUGAAGAGCACCAUGUUCUAUUAGAAUGAAACUCAUAUCCUAUGUUCAUGCCUAUUCCCUUUAUUCAUUAUCACCUCUAGGAAAAAGUAAGAGGGUCAUGAAGAUCUCUUUUGUAGAGUAAUGUUUUGGGUCUGGUCCAAUUUUGGGGGAUGAAAGCAAGAUGUUUCUGAUGUAAUUUGGAAACAAUAAUGUUGUUUCCACUAGAUGGGAACAAAUAGACUUAUGGAGAUUAUGAUCCUAUAAUGAUGCAACAUUCAGAUAAAA